GCUUUCGAGGGAGCGCUGCGGGGACUCGGGACCGCCGGGGAAACCUGUGACCCCGCGCAGGAGCGGCGGGGCGGGGGACCGGGAGAAGAUGGCGACGCCGGGAAGCGAACCCCAAGCUUUCGCGCCCGCUCUCUCGGUAACCGCCCUGCACCCGCAUCUCCACCAGCACCACCAACACCACCAGCACCACGGAGGCACCGGCGGCGCGGGCUUCAACCUGCCCUUGAACCGUGGUUUGGAGCGCGCGCUGGAGGAGGCGGCCAACUCUGGGGGCUUGAACCUGAGCGCCAGGAAGCUGAAGGAGUUUCCCAGGACUGCGACCCCGGGACAUGACCUCUCGGACACGGUUCAGGCAGAUCUAUCUAAAAACAGACUGGUGGAAGUGCCAAUGGAGCUGUGCCAAUUUGUAUCACUGGAAAUUCUUAACCUGUAUCACAACUGUAUCAGAGUCAUUCCCGAGGCCAUUGUUAAUUUGCAGAUGUUGACCCACCUAAACUUGAGUCGAAAUCAGCUGUCUGCCCUGCCCGCCUGCCUGUGUGGUCUGCCUCUCAAAGUCUUAAUCGCAAGCAACAACAAGCUCGGAUCACUGCCUGAAGAGAUAGGUCAGCUCAAACAGUUAAUGGAGUUGGAUGUGAGUUGCAACGAGAUCACGGCCUUGCCCCAGCAGAUAGGCCAGCUGAAGUCUCUGCGGGAACUGAAUGUCCGAAGAAAUUACCUUAAGGUUUUACCACCAGAGCUAGUAGAUCUCCCCUUGGUAAAGUUUGACUUUUCCUGCAACAAGGUGCUGGUGAUCCCCAUCUGCUUCCGGGAGAUGAAGCAGCUGCAGGUGCUCCUGCUUGAGAACAACCCUCUGCAGUCCCCUCCGGCGCAGAUUUGCACGAAAGGAAAAGUACACAUAUUUAAGUAUUUGAGCAUACAAGCAUGCCAGAUUAAGACAAGUGACUCUCUUUACCUCCCCACCAUAGAGAGGCCCCAUUUACACCAGCACGUGGAAGACAGUAAGAAGGACUCCGACUCGGGGGUUGGAAGUGACAACGGAGAUAAGCGGUUAUCUGCCACCGAGCCUUCUGAUGAGGACACGGUUAGCCUCAAUGCGCCCAUGUCAAACAUCAUGGAGGAAGACCAGACCAUCAAGGAGGAUGCGUGCCAUCGGCUCACCCCAACUAAAGGAGAAUUUCAGCCGAAGCCUUCCCUUUUGGGGGACAGUGGCAUCUCAGGACAAGAAAGAGAGCAGCUUGCUGGCCGUGCAGAUGCUCGACACUUGGGACUUAUGAACUAUAUUAAGGACCAGGCAGAAGACUGUGAAGAGCUAUUGCGGAUAGAAGAGGAUGCUCACUGGCACAUGGAGGAUCUACUAAAUUCAUCCAAAGACCGGGAUCUGGAUAUAGCCAUAAUUGAGCAGCUGAGAGAGGCAGAGCUGCUUCAGGAUCCCAUCAGUCUAAGCAGAGAUAUCACAGAGAGAAGUAUUUUGAACCUGUACCCCAUGGACUCAGGAGAAGUCUCAGAAUUCCCUGAUCCUUCACUCAAUGGCCAGUUUCAGCUGGAGACGUCUCCAGACCGUGAGGUGCAAAAUGAUCUAAUGUUACAAAGUAAUGGAAGCCAGUAUUCUCCAAAUGAGAUACGAGAGAACUCCCCUUCAGUGUCUCCUACUGCAAACAUCACAGCUCCGUUUGGCCUGAAGCCUCGUUCAGUGUUUCUAAGACCGCAGAGAAACUUGGAAUCCAUAGACCCACAGUUUACAAUCCGGAGGAAGAUGGAGCAGAUGAGAGAGGAGAAGGAGCUGGUGGAGCAACUCCGAGAGAGCAUCGAGAUGAGGCUGAAGGUGACCCUUCAUGAAGACCUGGGGGCGGCACUCAUGGAUGGUGUCGUCCUCUGCCACCUGGCCAACCACGUCCGUCCGAGAUCUGUCGCCAGCAUCCAUGUCCCCUCACCGGCUGUUCCUAAACUCAGCAUGGCCAAGUGCAGGAGGAACGUGGAAAACUUCUUGGAAGCGUGCAGGAAACUUGGCGUUCCCGAGGCCGACCUGUGCUCUCCGUAUGACAUCCUGCAGUUGGAUUUUCGUCACAUUCGAAAGACUGUUGACACUCUGCUGGCCCUCGGGGAGAAACCCCCACAAUCAACUUCUGCCCUCCGCUCCAGGGACCUUAUAGGCUUCUGUCUUAUCCAUGUUCUCCUUAUAGUACUGGUCUAUCUCGCUUACCGCUGGAAUGCUCUGUCUGCCUAACUCCUGCAUGCGCAUCCAAACGCUCUGCUCUGGCAUCCUGCUCCAGCCCAGCUCCUCCCUCCAUUGGAGCCUUUGCCUUGCAGACUCUCCCAUCCCUGUCAUCUCUUCAGUUAGCUGUCGAGUUUUGAAAUUGAACAUUUUUAAGCCAGAUUUUUCCUGAAGCACAAACUUUGUAGAAUACAGUUCCCCCUGGGUAAUUUCUUGCAUUUAACUGAAAAGCGACAGUGACAGCAAAGCCUGUCAGUCCCAUACCUCAUACUCCUUCACACUCGUGGUGUGGGCAGCGAUGCUCCUGUAGGUCCUGCUCUCUCCCAUGAGCCUCUGCUCUGUGCAGGAGGUAAGGAGAACCAGGACAGGAACAGGGUGGGGUUAGCAUACAGGAGUCUUGAUACUUGAUUCUGGUCCUAAUUCAGGACUGGCAGUUGAUCUGUAGAGGGGUUGCCUUGCAGAAAAAAGCCAGCAUUUGGGCUCAGUCUAAUUCAUAAAAAUCUCUAGUGAUACCAUGGCUGACCAAGCUGAGAAGUCGUAUCUGGAGAAUGACUGCUUUGCUGGCUGGUUAGUUGGAGUCCUCCCUGUUUGCUGCAAGGGGCUUGUGAAGGGCACCCAGGAGGAUUGCAGCCAAUGUCCACCAGAGCAUGCCCUCUGUGCCCUCUGCAGGCCUAAUGUGGGGAAGUGCCUUCCUGUUAGAGCGCCACCUGGUGGAUCUGCUUAGCCCGCUUUUCCUUUUUAUUAGGUGGUGUUCUGAAGCUGAGAAAAGGGUUUUAUAGAAGGGAUUUCUAUUUUUGCAUAAUGUGAUGGGGUCGCUUUACUUUCUUGGUAUAUUGAAUAACUGCAGAUCCAGAAUGUGAUGCAUUUGACUAUUCAGUUUUAAAUAAAUCUAUGGGUCCUGGAACAUUCUUAGCACCAGGGGCCUUGGGUUACUAUAGCAGCAGACGGUAAGAUCGCUCUUAUUUUAGAUGAAUGUUUUUCCCCAUUUACUUUGAAUGUCCAUUUGGCCUUUGAUUUUUAGUAAUAUUAAUGAUCCAACUGUUUAUUUUUAAAGUCUGUUUUUAAAGGCUUGCUUAUCAGCCUCCCAGCUUUUGGGGCAAAGUGAUUCUUUUUGUGAUUAAAGGAAGAAAUAUUAGACUCUAAUAAUGUUGGCCCAUAUCUUGCUGAGUCUCGGGAAGCCUCUUUACAAUGUGAGAAGGCCCUGCUGCAAGCUCCAGCCACAUUUUCGGCUUCCUUUUAUAUCCUUCUUGCCGAACGCUGCUUCUCGUGUUGGGAAGGUGGUGGCGUUAAUGCUGUCAAGAUAAAUGUCUAGUUUGCUGAGAUACGAAUGUUCCUCAGAUAUGGCUGCUAUGAAGAUUAUCAUAUUUUUCUGAACAUAUUCAUGAGAACAGGGGAGAUGAGAUUCUGAAACGCCUCCAUACUUGAAGAGUUAUAUUUAUAGAAUCUUUGCUGCUAAAUCAGAUAUGAUUUAAAAAACAAAAAACAAAGAACAGAAAGCAUUCUUUAUGCCGUAAGAUGUUAGAUUGUCUGAGCCUCUUCCUCCCAGCAUUGUGUUGAUGGUGAAUACAGGGUACGUGAUGUGAGUUGUGUCUGAAUAGCCACAGAGUUAUGAGUCGUCUUUGGUGCUAUCUUGUACUUUUCUGUAACAAUAAAAUCCCUUUGUACAGUGUCUGGUGACCACCCUGAGCCGUAAAUUGCUUAAUAAACACAAUUGGGUGAUUAAUCCAAGCUUUUUUUUUUUUUCUUGGCCUGUUGGUGCAUUUAUUCCUGGGUGCCCAAAAUGGUUCUUGGCAUUUCUACCCAGCUCUGCCAUGCAUGGGGACUUUCUUUCAGUGUUUGCCAUAGUUUGUUUCCAUCUUCUUUAUGGUGGGCAAAAAGUGAAUUGAGAAAACGUACUGGUUUGCUGGUUCAAGGAAAAAAAAAUAGCAUCAAUAAACAUCAAGUGAGUAAAACAGUCCCAUGAGAUUAGAUUGAUCUUCAAUGAUAGCUUCCCGAAUAUUUCUCCCCUGGCAUCCCAGGGAUGCCCUGGCUACGCUUUUCAUCUUCCAUGUCCUUAAUUUACAUGGGAUGUGCUGCUCUCCCUGGGGGUUGCUGUGCGAUAGUUUUUCAUUAUGUCGUAUGGUCACUCCCAGAGCAUAAUCGACUCAACGCUUCCGGCACCACUUCGAGUGGGUCAUUUUGCUUAUUGUAAGCAAGCCGUUAAUUUCUGGUUGGCACACUGGGCCUCUCUGUGGUGCUCCUCCGCAGUUCCAGACAGCAGCUCCCGGGCUUAUGGGAUACCGGCCAUUGCUGCACAGCUGGGGACACCUGACUAAUCUUCCUUCAGGGACUCAGUUGUGUGAUUUGUCCCGCACACCAGGGCCCCAUCUUCUCUUAAGAAAGAGUGUUCUUAAAGUGUUUCCUUCAAAUACGUCAUCAAGAGAAGCAGCUGUUUACAUUUCCGUUUUGCAGUAGCCAUUUGCGAGGUAUCCCUUCUGCUCCUGCAAUGGGUAGAAAAUGUUCCAUGUAGGAUGAGAAUUUCCAAAAUGUAUAUGACCGUCAAUUUUCAUGGCUCCUUAAGGAAUUCAGGCCCAAACCACUUCAUUGUCCUUAACACUACAAAAGGGGG